AAGCCUGCCAAUCAAAAGAACCAAUCGUAAAGACACCGUAUUCUAGAAAGAAAAACAAAUUUCAACAACUUCAUUUGCAAGCAACACAUCAAAUAUAACACUAUAAAUAAGCAUCCCUUCCCUUUCCUCACAUUCACUCAUCUAUUCCUCUCUUACUAUUCCAUUCUUAAGCAAAAAUGGCUUUCUCUUUGCGUUCUAAGGUUGCCCUUCUGGCACUACUGUCUGCAUCUCUCUUCGUCUGUUAUGCAAUGGCUCAUGAUUUUUCAAUCGUGGGUUAUUCACCCGAACACCUGACUUCCAUAGAUAAACUCAUCGAGCUCUUCGAAUCAUGGAUGUCAAAACACGGCAAAACUUACAGAAGCAUAGAAGAGAAGCUGCACAGGUUUGAGAUAUUCAAAGACAACUUGAUGCACAUCGACGAAACCAAUAAGAAGAUCAGCAGCUAUUGGUUGGGGUUGAAUGAAUUCGCAGACUUAAGCCAUGAAGAGUUCAAGAGCAAGUAUCUAGGACUCAAACCCGAAUUCCCAAGGAGAGGACCUUCGGAAGAAUUCAGCUAUAGAGAUGUAGUUGAUCUGCCCAAGUCCGUCGACUGGAGGAAGAAAGGAGCUGUUACUCCAGUCAAGAACCAAGGCUCAUGCGGGAGUUGCUGGGCAUUUUCAACUGUCGUGGCUGUGGAGGGGAUAAACCAGAUUGUCACAGGAAAUCUGACUUCCUUGUCCGAACAAGAACUGAUAGAUUGUGAUACAUCUUUUAACAAUGGCUGCAAUGGGGGUUUGAUGGAUUAUGCUUUUCAAUUCAUAGUCUCUAAUGGUGGGCUUCACAGAGAAGAAGAUUACCCAUAUCUUAUGGAGAAAGGGACUUGUGAGGAGAAGAAGGAAGAAUCAAAUGUGGUUACCAUCAGUGGUUAUCAAGAUGUGCCUGAAAAUCAAGAAGAAAGUCUCCUCAAGGCACUGGCUCACCAGCCUCUUAGCGUAGGCAUUGAGGCUUCUGGCAGAGACUUCCAGUUCUACAGUGGGGGUGUAUUCAACGGUCACUGUGGAACUGAGCUAGACCAUGGAGUUGCAGCUGUUGGAUAUGGAUCUUCCAAGGGGUUAGAUUACAUCAUCGUAAAGAAUUCGUGGGGACCAAAGUGGGGAGAAAAGGGAUACAUAAGGAUGAAGAGAAACACUGGAAAACCUGAAGGGAUCUGCGGUAUCAACAAGAUGGCUUCGUUUCCUACCAAGAAAGCUUGAUCUCCUGCAAUGUGUUUCCCUUUACAAGUAACCCUUUGUUUUUGCUCUGUUUUUGCGUUUCUGGAGUGAAAGAAUUUGUGUACCUUUUCCUGUUCAUCAAUAAAAUGACUAAAAAAUCAUAAAGAAUGCUGCGUAUAACUUCAGUUUCAAA